AAUUUAAAUAAUUACCAACCAUGUUAUGCCUGAAGUUGACUGCAUUAUCCAUCUGCCUGCUGUCGACGUCGAUGCAGUGCAUCAAGAUCGGCAUCUCGCAGAGCUAUAACACAAGCACAACAACAACAACAUCAACUACAACAGCAUCAACAACUACAGAGACUCCAAUGACAACUAUUGCUGCGGACAUGAUCACCACUGACAUUAGCCCCGUGCCCGAAGCUGGAAGCACUCCCAGUCAGACUUUUCCGCCACGCAAGACACCUAAACCACGCACAACCGCAGCGCCCCGAAGUAGCAGCCCGGCGCCUGCUCCAACCACUGAAAUACUGCCAUUAAAUGCUACAGCUGUGCCUUUCCACGGGAAUACUCGCUUCGCCUACUGCGCCUGUGAUUUGUACAGCGAUCUAUGCGAAAUAAAUUGCUGCUGCGAUCCCGAUUGUCCACAGGAGACGCUGCAGGUAUUCAGCUGCUUGCCAGAGCAGCCGACGCGUCUGGAGGACUUUCAGUACAACCAUGGAUUGCCCACGUGUCAGCUCAGCGAUGGCUGGUUGUGCGUCUUUCGCAGCAACACAAAGCCAGCCAAAAUACAGGCUCCAAGCAACAACUUCGAUGCAGCACAGUACAAUAAAUGGCCGGAACAGCUGAGCGGGUAUGACACGCAAUUGCCGUCCACACAAUUUGCGGCGCACUACAAAUUUGGACAAGCGCUGCAGCUGUGGCAGCCCGAGAGCAAAGAGCUGUCCAGCUUGGAGCUGCCCAUGGGCUAUGAGAGCGCCAGAUGCCAGCUGAAGCAGACGCUGUUGCAUUUGCAGCCCAUGCGGAGCAGCUGCCUUCUAAGCGAAGCGUCGCAAAUUCAAACGCAUCUCUGGACGCUGCUCAACGUGACCAGCAACCACCAGUUGUUGUCGCGGCCACAUGAACCGGAGGAACAGGAACAGGUGCCGGGCAUUAGCAUACAAGUGUGCCAACAGCUGCUGCUGCAAUCGCAAGUUCUUUGUCUGGCUGGGAAUGAGACACAAGUGGACAUGCUGGUAGAUAGCGUAGAGCUGGAAUUGACGCACAACUAUACCCACAUUUUGGAAGCCAAGCUGCUGCUCAGAGAAGCCUACGAGGAGGAGGAGCAUCAGGAGCUUUGGCUAAGCUAUGCGCUGGUCUACAAGUCUGUCAAUGACAACGAGAGAAAGAAGCCCAGCUCUGGGCCACUUGGUUAUGUCCUGGGUGCACCAAUACUGUUGGGAAUGAUGCUUCAGACGGACCCGAAAAACGAAACGGAACAGCCUCAGCACUUGCUCAGCUACUUCCAGAGCAAUUCUAGGGAGCGUAAUCAGCACUGGCUGAUACCUUGCCGCAGGCACAGCAUGGAACCGCAUCAUGCCGUCAGCUUUGGCAUCGAUCUGGCCAGGCAAUGCCAAUUGCGGCAACUGGCGCCGGAGCACGACAACCAUACGGACUACUGCCAGCAGCUGCAAUCGCACAUUUGGCGACAGUUGCUGCCUCACAAUUGCACGCGGCUCGAUGAUCUGGGAAAGGUGUUUGUCUCGCAGCUGGGCAGACCGCAGCCGGAUAAAUGGCUGCCAAUCCAGCUGGGCUCUGCUUAUGGUCAGCAGCUACCACCCAUUCAGGGCGUUUACGAUGAGCAACAGCAGAGUCUCAGCUGCCGCAAUAUGUUGCUCAGCGUUAGCUACGAGUUCUAUAUGACAGAAUUGACACUGCUCGGAGGACACGUGCCACACCAGAAUGUGCUGCAGCAUGCGAGGCUGGUGCUGGGUCAUCGACAUGACCUGGAAUUCGAUGCACGUGAGCAGCAAGUGGAACUGCCCUUGGCCGUAACCGUGAUGUUCUUCAAGGCGCAGCAUAAGAGGCUAACCGGAUCAAGCCUGCGAAUUGUCGCCAAUUUCGGACUGAUCUUUAUAACUAUUCUAGUCUCAAUGAGAACUAAUGCAAGUUUACAGCUUUUCUAGUCACCAGGGGUUCUGAGUUCUAUUACAGACAGAAUACAUUUUAUAAAAAUAUAAAAUAAAUGCCUA